GCGAGUAGGAAGAGAAGGUUUUAUUCGUUUGUGGCACUUCCACUUUCUUCCUCUUCUCUCACUCCCAAACACCAUUCACUUUCUCUCCUCUACUCGCAGUGCACUGCCACGUCCAGUUCCCUUCUGUGUGUUCCUUUCUUCUAGUCUCUCAACCGUGACAAAACGAAGCUCCUUUCAGAAUUUUCUGUCAAGUGUUGUUGCUUCUUCCCCCAAACUCAGCCAAAUAUUUCUCGCAACAAGUCAUCCAUGAACUUGUUGAACAAACUCGUUGGGCUGGGUAGUCCAAGGGCAUCAGAAAACACGAAUUCAACUGCUGCUCGAGGACCAGAUGAUGACAUACCAGCACCAGGUCAACAGUUUGCCCAGUUUGGUGCUGGCUGCUUUUGGGGUGUUGAGCUGGCCUUCCAGAGGGCAUCGGGGGUGACCAAGACGGAAGUUGGUUAUAGCCAGGGGAAUUUACAUAAUCCAAGCUAUGAGGAUGUGUGUUCAGGGACCACACACCACUCGGAGGUUGUAAGGGUUCAAUAUGAUCCCAAAGAGUGUAGCUUCGAGACUUUGCUUGAUGUGUUCUGGUCUAGACACGAUCCUACUACACUGAAUCGACAGGGUAAUGAUGUGGGAACACAAUAUAGGUCUGGAAUAUACUAUUACACACCUGAACAAGAGAAGGAAGCCAGAGAGUCUUUGGAACAACGACAGAAGAAGCUGAACAGGAAGAUUGUUACUGAGAUUCUUCCUGCCAAGAAGUUCUACAGGGCAGAAGAAUACCAUCAACAGUACCUUGAGAAAGGGGGGAGAUUUGGUUCCAAGCAAUCUGCUUCUAAGGGAUGCAAUGAUCCAAUUCGGUGCUAUGGUUAGUUUAAUAUGAGGAUUGGAUCUGAGGUUCUAAAUGACUGGUUUAGAUGUUAAAAGUAGAGAGUUUUGUUGACAAGUAUUUGUGAAUAUAUCAAUAAAGCUUAGUCACGCUCUACCUACUCUGUUUUACUAAUAGGGUGAAGAUCACUAUAGAAUUAGAAUCUGUUCUAGAGUUAUCUAGUAUUUUGUAUGUAUAGUUUUCUAAUAACUGUUUUUAUAAUACCUUUAAUUAGUGGCACUUCUUGAGUUACAAUAUCUUUAUUUUGUUGAGUUAAGGUAUCCAAGAGAUAGGUUUUGUGAACUGAUUAGUCAACAUCAUUUAUGUAAAUUAAAUUAAUUAGUCAACAUCAUUUAUGUAAAUUAAA